UCUUUCUGUUUAUUUACGAACCUGUGGCUCUGAUUUCUAGGACCCUCAUACUCCAAGAUUCUCGGAAGAGUCUGAUUGCUAUCUAGAUGCCCAUCCUGACAUGGUCUUAUUUGGUUGCAGUCUUGAAAGCGAUACGAGAUAUAGACCUACAUUAUCUGGAACAACAGUCAUUUUUAACCCUCGAGAAGAACUGAUCGACCUGCUUAGAGCAUUACGGCCUUCAUACAUGGCAAGACCAAGAAUUAAUUCAGAAUUCGGUCCAAGUAGCAGGAAACAUAAUCGUACUAGCAGCAUCCGAUGCGAAGCAGGAAUUAGAACUUGGGAUGGAUUGCAAAAAGAAGUCAUGGCAUGGUUUGAGCUCUCUGAGAGAGAUGCGUUUGAGAGUCGGCCGGAGGAGCAGGCCUUCCUUCACCUUGUCUAUAAAGGUCGCCUACUCGACCCGGAACCACUCGAUGCCGCACAAAUCUCACAGACCUUGAUUUCCUUGAUUGCCGCCCAACUGUUGGCCUCCUGCAGUACUAUAUUCAAUGACCCUGCGCUUGCAACCUUGCCGUCGGCGCUCUAUCGCGAUAGAGACAAUUCAGAGGCUAAGCAUAUAAGCAGUUUGCGAUUACAUUCAUACUAUAAACAGUAUCCAGCGUUCGGCUAUCAAGCAAGGAAUCCUUCUUUUGCACUGGCAUGGCCUGCUCUGUACGGUGGACUAUCACCUGACGAGCAGCUUGCUGAUGAACUUGCACGGCGCCGCCGCUCCAUGCGAUCCAUGUCCGACGAGAGCCAGGCCUUGAGCAUUUUCCCAGCCGUUUCACAAAGGGCCCAGGCCAAGGGACCAAUGAAAGGUCAAUACCCUGCAAGAGCUCGGCUUUCCUUGCCGGCUUCUGCAAAAACUGGUUUGAAGAAGAGCGUCAGUUUUGACACCGGCGUGCAGAUCCUUGGGCCUGCUCUAUCGGCGAGACCCGCGAGCGCAAAGCAUCUUAUGAUUGACCGACAUUCUCUUGCAGACUCAAUCCCACCCAGCAGAUGUCAGAUGAGGUACGCUGUAAUGGACAGCCCAGGAGGCUUAUUUCCGCUAGAAGCACGUUCACUCGCAAAGAAGCCUAAAGGGAGGCGGAAACAGUUUAGACGCUCCUCUUCGAGAGUACACCUUGCUUCAGAGUCGCACCCAUUGUUUAUUCAGCCUAUCAAAAAGUUGAUUAUUCGGCGAUGGAGGAUGCUUCGUGGUCGACGGGCUCCAUCUAUCAUUGCUAAUUCGACUCCGGACUCGAGUGGACGGACAGAACACUAGCAAAACGUCCGGGAAGAUUCUUUCCAGCAAAGGUGGCCAUGAUUUGGGCACUUGAAUGACCUAGUAUAAGUGCAGCCAAUCCACACCGCCAUGGGAUUGCUGAGUUUCGGUGGGUAUGUCACCACUCGAUGUUAUUAUCAAAGAAUCUAUGCAAAGGAAAAAGAGACACGGUUCGGGGCAGGCCGUUCCAGAGAUCCACAGAUUUGCUCUAGAUGCACUCAAAAGAAUCUAUUUCUCUGUCAUUGAGGAACCAUAGCCGUCCUGGCUCCGUGAAGGAAACC